AGAGUUUAAAAGGUUGCAGCCUCUCAUGGAAAUCACUUAUGAAGAAUUUGAGCCUUUCUGCAAAUGGAAAAGAGAGCCAAAUAGUGAUACCCUUGAGAUACAUCUUCCGGAAUUUAAAAGGCAGCAAUUGCGAGUUCAACUGAGCAGUUCUGGGAACCUAGUGAUCAGUGGAGAACGUGAAUCGGACUCCGACGGAAAAAAAGGAAACCGAUUCCGGAGAGAAUUUAAAGUUUCAAACGAAAUAGAAGCAAACCAAAUACGAGCACAGUUCUGCAGUGGCAUUCUUUACGUGAUAAUGCCAAAGCGAAGCACAGCUGCAGCUGCAGGUGUGGAUGUUAAAGCUUCAACAAUGAAUUGGAAUAAAAGGUUGGCCAUGGAAAUCAUCGUAGCAGUUUCGUCGGCAGUGGCUGUGGGAGUUUAUGUAACCAAAUAUUGCCAAUGUUCUCAUCUUGGGAGCUAAGUAAUUUAAUUUCUACAAGCCCCAAAAAAAUAAAAGCCCAGGCUCCGAGCCCUACUUGGAAAACGAAGAUAUUAAAAACAAAAUCACAAUCACCUAACCAAACCGACGAAGAAGCCCAAUUGGAAGGGCUGAGUAUCAGCGCUUCACUAGCAUACAAUUGACCAACAUCUUAGAAGCGGGACUGAUGGUCAAAUCCAUCGUUGCAUCGAUUCGUGGGUCCGAUCAUUUCAGAUAAUUUAAUUAAAUA